UCGAGGAUCUGAACUCGGGACUACCGAGAACAAAUCCAGCUAGCGAGACUGGAACUCGGGGCCUCCGAAUUACAAGUCCAGCGCCCUAACCGCUCGGCCACACUGCUUCUGAGCGCUGCCUCUCGGAAGGCCCUGGGAAUACGAUUGGUGUACUGAGCCCGCAGUCUUUGCGGAGGUAAUACACCUACGAAUCACAAAGAAAUGUAGUUGCAAUUCUGAUUGGUUAAUAGUAUUGUGAUUUGACUGAAAAGGAACGGAUGACAAGAUAUUUCCGCUGUUUGCCGCGGUUACAAGCCUAGGAAAUAUAAACCUAUACUACAGUUAAGUCAAAAACGUAAAAAGGUACACAAAAAGUUAAGAUAAAAAAAGGCUUCAGAAGUAAAUUAUUCGUCUAAUCCAGAGUAUUCACGCAAGAUCUGGAAGUGAAGUGAUUCUUCCAUAUGACAAGGCACUUUUUUUAGCAAUCGGGCACAAAAAAAUACAAUAGAGAAACAAAAAAGGCUUGUUUGAAUGCGAUGAAUUAACUCAGGAAAUUAUCUAAGCACGUCUUCGAGCCCCUCAGAACAAUAAUAUAAAGCCCUCGAAGAGACAGCCUGGAGGAAUAAAUCCGGCAACACAAAAACACGUCAGUCACUACCCUGAUAAACGGUGGAAGUGAAAUUCAUCGGUCUUGCUUCUGAGAGAAAGGAUAAGUUUACAUCGAAGCAGAGGAGACAAACGUUGCAUGAAAAAUCAAUGCUGGCCCCGUGAACGGAGGUUAAUGGAAACGCCGCGAAUUAGCAGUAACUUGAAGUCAAGUUUGAAGUGAGUUUUACCUUGCCGAGGAAGGAAUUGUCAACGUGUUCAAGCAACCAUGGAUUUGAAUUACGACGAAAGUUCCCAAGAAGUUGUGACGACCAUAGCGAUGAUAAAAUCCAUGACAACCACAGCGAGGAGGCGUUCUAGUCUAGCAAAAUCUCCUAUGCUUCCUCGCAUAAACUGUAAACGAGGAAGCCGUUCAAAGAACGUUCCUGAUCCAAAAAGUAGCGCAGCGUCGCUCGUCGAUUCAUCAAAAUCGUCGUCCGUUAAUUCGUGGCCCACGAGAGGGGUAACUUUAGCGAGCAUCGAGUUCAAGCGGCGCCUAGAAAAAAGAAGAUCAAAGCCUCAAGUUUAUGAAGCACAGCUUGAUAAAACAAACCGCGCUAGGAUUGCAGAACACGCAGAAAAGCAAAGUCAGCGUAUGACAGUGUUAAAAUCGAUUUUUCAGGCGACUGGCGAGAAAAAAGAAAUGAUCAGCCCACUCAGACCUUCAAACCCUUCGAAAAGCUUUCCGACUUCGAGAAAAAUCGAUUACAGAAAAAAAUCCCAGCCAAAAGGAGAGGCUAAAACGACGAAAGUACCUCAAACUGAGUUACCACUGCUCUCUGUUAUGAAAAUAACUCCUGAAAGACGACCGACGUUUCACCAAGGAACUAAAGCGAGCCUGAACGCGAAAUAA